GUCAAAGUUCAAAGUUGCCAAAACGCAGCCACACAAACUUGCGAUAGCAUUUUCGAUUAAUGAGUUAAUUAAUAUCUGUUAAUGUUCUGAAAGCAUGGCAUGCAACUGCAGUGUUUUAGCAUCAAAUUAUUGAGCUAUCUAACACGUGAUACUCACCAUAUUGACGAGGCAGCGACAAUAACGCUUUAAUUGGUUGGAACUUUAGUACUAAAUAAUUUGAAUCAUUAUGUUCAUAGUGGGCUUAACCGGUGGAUUGGCGACUGGAAAAAGUACAGUACUUUCAAUAUUUCGAGGAAAUGGCAUAGCAGUCAUUGAUGCAGAUGAAGUAGCUAGAAAAGUUUUAGAACCUGGAACGAAAGCUUGGAAGGAGCUAAGAGAUUACUUCGGAGAUGAAGUGCUAUUGCCUGAUGGUAAAGUAAACAGGGCGCGGCUAGGCGAAAUAGUUUUCGACGACAUUGAGAAGAGGCGGAAACUAAACGCGAUCACACAUCCGAGGAUACAAACAGCGAUGAUGAAGAUGGCGGUAUCAUACUUCUUCUCUGGUCACAGCUACAUAGUCAUGGAAGUGCCAUUGUUGUUCGAGACCGGGAAAAUGUUGACCUUCAUGCAUAAAAUUAUCACAGUUGUUUGUGAAGAUCAUCAGCAACUAGAGAGAUUGUGUAAACGCAACGAUUUCUCGGAGACAGUUGCUAAGAAGCGCAUCACUUGUCAAAUGCCACUUGAGGACAAAGUGGCGAAGUCCCAUUUCGUUGUCGACAACUCAGGGAGCUUGAGCAGUACCAGGCAGCAGACGGAAGGCAUCAUCAGAGUCCUCAGACGAUCCAAGUUUACUUGGUAUUUCCGAGCAAUAAUUGGUAUUGCGUUCCUUUCCUUAGUUUUUGGUAUCGGACAUAUAGUCAGUAAUUUAAUCUAUAACAAAUGAAACAUAGUUGUAUUUAACGUUUAUUUGAAACCAAGGAAGCUUGCCCUUUAAUCGUAAUUUACUGGUGUAGCCAGGUACAGUCAGCUAAGGGAAGGUUCGUAUUUGACGGAACAAGCGUCGCGUUAAACAGACAAAUGUACGAUAAAACAUUCAAUCAUUCACACCUAACCGAUGAUGCGUCAGUGCGUCGAUCAUACAUUUAAGAUACGCUCGAUUUUCCUUCAGAUAUGAACCUUCGCUCAGGCCCAAGUUCAUCGACAAUAUAAACGUCGGUUUUCCUAAAACAACAGCCUACCAUGACUUUGACGUUCAAUGUUCAGAGUGAACAGUUGUUUCAAACAAAACGGACGUUUAUAUUGUCGGUGUACUCCGGCCUAAGUAACAUUAGAUAAACUACGGGUUUUAGAUAAAUUACGUAGUGAUUAUGAUAUUAUGUACAAACACUUGUGUGAGUGACGUUACUAUAAAAAAAAAAAAUAAUUAUAAUAAUUAUAACACAGUCAUGUUAGUUAGCAAACUGCCUUAUUUGUAUUGGUUAAGGGUCGUUUCAUGUAAAUACAGGCAAACCAGAAGUGCAGCUUUUUUAUGGGAAAUCAUAAAAUGACUCCCGCUGUGGGUUAGCAGCGUGAAGGAGUGUCAGACUUACUGACUAAAACCUAUCAUGUUCGUUCGUGGGCUUCAUGUACCCGGGCCGCGGUAACUUUCGAACAAUAUUUCUUUUAAAAGAUAUUUAUUUUUUUCAAUGUUCAAGUAGCUAUACACUAAUACAUAGAAUCCUGCUACUUCUGAUCCUAUUUUAUGGCAUACACAAUAGAAUUUUUAAAGCAACUGCUGCUGUAUAUGAUUGUGAUAAAAUGCGUGUUUUGUGUGUGUAUGUAUGUAUGUAUAUUUUGUCUCACCACUGACUGUACUUGUGUAUUUUAAAUAUAAACUUAGUUGGAGUCCUAGUUUUACGGCAUAAGCAAUAUAUAUGUGAAUAUCUUGUGAUCAAAUAAACAAUAUUAUCAGUGUGAUGGUUCUAUUAGUGUGUGUAGAUUCUUGUGUAAGUCAGUCAUUUAGCUUGACUUUAUUUAAUGCUAGAGGCCGGAAUUCAUGCACUUAAUAACAAGGCUUUCCCGGCCUGAAUAAAUGAAUGUUUCCGUCGGAACAAUUUCACGCACUCGGGUAAGAAGUACAUAGUAUACUAAUAUAAUAAUAAAAAAAAAUCAGCUAAGAAACAAAUAAAACAUAUUUUUCCUUUUUUGUAAUCAUCUUUCUAAUAGUAAAUUAGUAUAGAUUAGUUCCGACAAUUUCAUAGUUCGUUGUUAUGAUGUGAACUAUUUACAAAAUUGUAACAAGAAUGCUGCAUGCUAUCCGGUAUUCAUCAAAAUGUAGAUUUUAAAUAAAUAGCCAAAGCAAUAUUAAAACGUUAUGUAAUUUAUAUUAUUUUACAUUUUGUACCUAUAACAUAAGCUUUUCAUCAAACGGUAAUAAUAAUAGGGAAAGUGGCCAAGGGAACAUACAAAUUGGUUAAUUUUAGAUGUAAAUAUUUGGUGUGUAUUCCGAAAUAUGACUCAGUCAACUCAGUCGAAGUAUAUCUUAUUGGUGUACAGAAAGACAUCAAUCUAUGUCAUUCUGUCAAACUUGGUCAAUAGAUUUUCAACCUUAUCACAAUAGUGGAGGGUCAAUGUUGGAUUGACCUGCUGGCGUCUAUCUCAUAUUAGUCAUAUUGUACUGCUGCGGAAAGUUUAGCCUAUUUUGUGUCAAAUGUGAGUCAAGCACAAACACUACACGAUUAAAUAUAGCGUCGAUUAAUGAUGUCAUGAGCACUGGCCGUAUUUCGAAAUACACGUUUAAAUAGUAUUUAUUUAAUUCAGGUUAUGGUAAGCAAUGUGGAUUAUAAUGUACCUAUUGUGCUCAGUUAGAAAUAUUGUAGAAUUUAACAGUGUUAGAUAACUUACGUCAAAUGAUAUAUUUUGUUAAUAAAAUUCACCAACUUAUUAAUGUUUUAAAUGAGCAAUAAAUCAAAGAGAAAUAGUCUAUAGUAGUUCGCCAAGUUUUAAUGGGUACGUGUCUGCCUAUUUCGAAACUUGUGUUCAGCAAUAAAACUUAGCCAGCUUAAGUGAAAUGUGUUGUUUAGUAAAUAAUAGAAAUAUAAGUACAUAUUGUUAAAUUGUGAUUAAACACGCACAUUAUUUUAAAAUA